GUUUGUUUAAUUAUUUUUUAAAUUUUUGUUUAUUUAACGGCGCUUUUCCCGGUUUUUUCCCGGGAUUUCGGCUCUUCCCGAGGGUCAGAAAAUCCCGGGAUUUGAGGCGCAGCAGGAGCGGGAUGAAAUUCCAAGGAUUUCUUCAGCCGAGCGAGGUUUUUUUGGGUUUUUUAUCGCGGUUUUUGCUUUGAGCGAGCGAAAUCCGCGAUCCAGGGAAUUCCUGCCUCGGGAAUGCUCGCCCUGGAACCGGGAAUGACUUAAGGGCAACGCCGCGCUUGGCUUUUCCUCGCUAAAUUAUUAAUUAGGAAAUUAAAAAUAAUUUAAAAAAGGGGUUUUUUUUUGGGGGGUGGGGGAUAAAAUCCGGAGUUUUCCGGCAAGGACUGACAGCGAUCCUCUGGAACUUUGCGAUUUUUUUUGGGGGGGGGAGAUUUCUUGGAAAGGAAAAUCAAGGAGAAGGAAAAAAAAGGGAUCGAAGAUCGCUGAGAACGCCCGGGAGCCGGGAUCGGGCACGGCUGAGGUGCCCAUGGCGGGCCGGAAGCGCGGCGCCGGCGGUGGCAGUGCCGGCGGUGGCACGGGGUCGGUGCCGUGGCCCGAGGAGCCGGGCGAGCGCGAGCAGGGGCUGUACUCGCUGCACCGCAUGUUCGACAUCGUGGGCGCGCAGCUGACGCACCGCGACGUGCGCGUGCUCUCCUUCCUCUUCGUGGACGUGCUGGACGAGGCCGAGCGCGGCCGCAUCCGCUCCGGCCGCGACUUCCUGCUGGCCCUGGAGCGCCAGGGCCGCUGCGACGAGAGCAACCUGCGGCAGCUGCUGCAGCUGCUGCGCAUCAUCACCCGCCACGACCUGCUGCCCUACGUCAGCCUCAAGAGACGGCGCCCCGUGUGCCCGGACCUGGUGGAUAAGUACCUGGAGGAGACGUCCAUCCGCUACGUCACCCCCCGCACGCCCGGGGGGGCCCCGCCCGGCCUCGGCCACCCCCACAAAUCAGUGCCUGCCCCCCACCCGUCGCUGUGCUGCCCCCCGGGGGGGCCCCAGCUGGGCCCCAAGCGCCCGGGCCGGGCCCGGAGCCUCCUCGGGAGCCAACGGAAACGCAGGAAGUCAGCGACCCCCGACCCCAAGGAGAAACAGACCUGCGACAUCCGCCUGCGCGUGCGCGCCGAGUACUGCCAGCACGACUCCGCCCUGCACGGCAACGUCUUCUCCAACAAGCAGGACCCUCUGGAGCGCCAGUUCGAGCGCUUCAACCAGGCCAACACCAUCCUGAAAUCCCGGGAUUUGGGCUCCAUCAUCUGCGACAUCAAAUUCUCGGAGCUCACCUACCUCGACGCCUUCUGGCGGGAUUACAUCAACGGCUCCCUCCUGGAGGCCCUCAAGGGCGUCUUCAUCACGGACUCGCUCAAACAGGCCGUGGGCCACGAGGCCAUCAAGCUGCUGGUCAACGUGGACGAGGAGGAUUACGAGCUGGGCCGCCAGAAACUCCUCAGGAACUUGAUGCUCCACACGGCUCCCUGAGGGAUCCACCCCCCCAGCCCCCCAGUUUUUGGGGUGUUUAUUUUUGGUUGGUUUUUUUUUUUUUUUUUUUUUCGGGAUAUUCUGGUUUUUUUUUUUCCCCCCCCCGAUUCUUCCGCGGAGCCCGCUCACGGAUUUGGGGAGAGGGGUGGAGGUGUGGGGGAUUCCGGGAUUCGGAGGUUUUUGGGGGUCCUGAUGGGUUCUCCUUGUGUUUUCCAUGGGGUUUCCCCUCCUGUUUUUUCUUUUGUAUCCAUUAAAAAUGGUGAUGAAAAGGCAAA